CGGGUUAUAAGAGAUUACUUCUUCGUCCGCACCUUCCUUGCCGUUGCAACCACCUUUUAGACAACCAACCUCUAGGCAAGAGCACUGAAAGGGAAUCUUCUUGCUUUGCACAGUCUUCUGCUCUACAACACGACGCCCACCCUAGAGCUCGACAGCUCUAUACUUAACGAACCAUGCGCCUCCCAGGAUUGGCGCUUGCCGCGCCGCUCAUACUGGCAGCAUCAUCAAGCGCUCGCUUCUUGAUGUAUGCCGACGAAUGGCAUCCCACUCGACCAACCAACGCAGCGGAUCGGGCAGGCAUCGACCAUGUCAUUCUUGCGUUCGCCAUGGCCAACAAUACGGCGGCGUUCCAGCCGAAGGUCCCCCUCUCCACCAUCCGCUCAGAGUUCCCCGGUGCGAAGGUCAUGAUUGCCAUCGGCGGAUGGGGUGACACGAUUGGCUUCGGUGAAGCUUCUCGAUCGCCCGCUGGAAUCAGCAGGUUUGCCCAGGACGUCAAGAUCAUGUUGGAGAACACUGGCGCUGACGGAGUUGACAUUGAUUGGGAAUACCCAGGAGGCAACGGCGCCGACUACAAGCAGGUGCCCAACUCGGAGAAGGUCUACGAGAUUGAAGCCUUCCCAAAGCUUCUUGCUGCCGUACGCUCAGCUAUCGGCAAGGACAAGAUCCUCUCCAUCGCCGUGCCUGGGAAGAAGGGCGACAUGAUUGCCUUCACUGAGCAGGCGGGUCCCCUGAUUUGGCCUUCGGUCGACUACGUCAAUGUCAUGUCCUACGACCUCAUGAACCGCCGCGACAACGUGACGGCGCACCACACGUCCGUCAAGGGCGCCACGCAAUCCAUAGAGAACUACCUCGCCAUCGGCGCCCCAGCCAACAAGCUCAACCUCGGCUUCGCCUUCUACGCCAAAUUCUUCACCACGACGCCCUCGUGCGCCCAACAACCCCCGCUCGGCUGCCCCAUCGUCGCCGCCGAGGACCCCGUCACCGGCAAGGACACCCUCACGUCCGGCGCCUGGACCUUUGAGCGCUCGCACAUGCAGCCCCUCGACCUGGCGCAACUCACCACUUCGUACGACGGGACGUGCGGACCCGAGAAGAUGACCAAGUGCGCCAGUGGCUGUUGCAGCCAGUACGGGAACUGCGGGUCCAGUCCCGAGCACUGCUCCGGCGCGUGCCAGCAUGCCUUCGGCACGGGAUGUACCGACGCGGACGUCUUUGGGAGUUGGCAGCUCGCUGCGGCCAAUGGUGUCACGGACCAUGAAGAAGGUGGGCAGUAUUACUACGACGGGCAGAAUAAUCUCUUCUGGACGUGGGAUACGCUGGAGCUGAUUGAGAGGAAGUUUGAGCAGAUUGUGAGGGCGUAUGGGUUGGGCGGGGUCAUGGCUUGGAGUCUGGGCGAGGAUAGCCAUGAUUGGAGUCAUGUGAGGAAGAUUGCGGCGGAGUUGGGGAAGACGGGCGGUGGUCCUGGUGGUGGUGGGGGGAAGAAGUCUGAGCCGCCGACCUAUGCGACGCCGGCGGAGGAUCAGCCUAAGGACGAGAUUCCAGAGGAUGAGGCUCCGCAGGAGGAGGAUCAGCAGCAGGACGACGAGGUACCGGACGAGGAGCAGUAUGGGGAGCCGGUGGAUUGGUUCUGGUUGGAUGAGAAUGGCGAGCCGUGGGAUGACGACGAUGAUGGCGCUGGGUGGUACUAGAAGGGACGGUCAGUGGCCUGACGCGAGUGGAUGAAUGGGAAAAGGAUCGGAGGGAACCACUGAGUGCGCACGCAUAUGUAAGAUCCAGGGCAACCGAGCAUGUCGUUUGAUAAGGGCGAUUAUCGAAGGACUGCUAGAAUUAGAGCGAGGACUGUUCGGAUGAACAGGCGUGGAAAUGGGAUCAAUCUUUAUCACUU